AUGGUCGAGCAGCAGCAGCAAAACCAACACCAGGAAAGUUCGAUUCAUCGGCACCACCAUCAACAGUCCGGCACAGUGGGAUUCGAAGCUGCCAGUUCCUCCGGAGUGUUUGGAGACGACUUGCAAGAGCUCACACUGGUUGUCUACGCGCGGUGUGGGCAUUUGGGGGAAUCGAGAAGGAUCUUUGAUGCAUUGCCGGCCAAGAACAUCGCGUCGUGGACGGCGCUCGCGAGCGCCUAUGCCGAGAGUGGGCAUCCGGGGGAGGCCAAGGCAGCGUUCAAUCGAAUGGCGGUGUGGGACGUAGUUUCCUCCACUGCGAUGAUCAAGGCGCUGGGCGAUUGCGGGCGGAUUGGAUCGAGCAAGGCGGUGUUUGAUGCGAUGCCCGAGAGGAACUGCAAGACGUGGGCGACGCUGCUGCGGGGAUUUGCUCUCGGCGGAGAGAUUGGGCGAGCGAGAGAGGUGCUGGAUUGGAUGCCCGAGACGAAUGUGGUAGCGUGGACGAUCCUCGUGCAGGGUUUCGUGCAGCGCGGGCGAGUGGGCGAUGCGAAGGCUGCGUUUGAUUCCAUGCCCGAGAAGAACAGCAUCACUCGCGCGGUGAUGCUCGUCAUGUUUGCGGAGAAUGGAUUCGUGGAGGAGGCGGAGGAUGUCUUUCCAGGAGAUUGUCCACCGAAACGCGAUCCUCUGGGGGGCGAUGCACUGCUGCUAUGCCCAAAAUGGGGAUUUGAUUCAAGCCAAGAGUUUAGAGGUCGUUUCAAAGAGGCGAUCCGGGCGUUUUCUUUGUGUUGCUGCUGGGAUUCCUAUUCAUGGAACACAAUUCUAGUGGUAUAUGCUCUAGAUGCAAAUAUUCUUGAUGCUAAGAAAGCGUUCGAUGAGAUGCCAACUUGGAACUUGGUCUCCUGGAACACGAUUCUUGCAGCAUAUGCCCAGAUCGGGCAUGCGUAUUCUGCGAUCCAGCUCUUUUGGGCGAUGUUUCUUCACGGCUUUGACGACGACAAGGCAGCGUUUGCCAUCGUUUUGACGGCGUGUAGCCAUCUGGGGCUCGUCAAGGAAGCAGUAAGCUACUUCACGGCAAUGAGCUUUGACAAUGGAUUGGAUCCUUCGCAAGACCACUACACCUGCAUUGUUGAUGCUCUCGGACGACUAGGGCGAUUGAAAGAGGCCGAGGAUGUCCAGCUGAUGGAGUUGCAUGUGCAACGUUUCUUAACGCGUGCAAAAACCACGGGGAGAUGA